AUGUCAGAGGAGCCCAUAAUCCAUUACGGGUUGAUAGCGUCAGGCAACCUAGUUGUCAAGGAUAGUCAUUUACGUGACCAUCUGGGGCACGAACUCGGAGCAUGUUGCGUGGAAAUGGAAGCAGCAGGCCUGGUCAACAACUAUCCAUGCCUCGUCAUCCGUGGCAUAUGUGACUAUGCGGACUCACGUAAGAACAAAGAGUGGCAAGAAUACGCCACCACCGUUGCUUUAGCGUACGCGAAGCAACUUCUCUCUGUGACACCCUCGGCCACUGGUCUGAUUUGUGCGUCUGCGAACAAGUCAAAGCCUUUGAAGAAAUCACGUAUUCUGCGGUCCAUUCGGCCCUCAAAUUCAGAAAUCCUAUAUCUUGACCCAACAAAUCCUGUUAAGGUUGCCUGGAACCAAAUGUUUGAAAAUAAUGAUUUGGCAACCUGGUAUCAAGGGUAUGAUAUGGACGUCUAUCAUGGCCUUGUCUGGAUAAAAGGCAAACCGGGCUCUGGCAAGACCUCAUUCUUAAAAUAUGCAUUCUGCCGAUGCACUGGAGAGGGGCAAGCGGAUGGCGUAACAGUCGCAGGGUUCUUCUCCCAAAGCAAGGGUCAGGAUUAUCGCUGGAACCAGCCAGAUCUCUUCCGGGCUCUCGUCUACCAGCUGCUUCUGGCAAGUAAUGAUGAUUUCUUGGCCUUUAAACGGAUGUUUGACGCCAAAAUUAAAGAUGACAAGAAAAACGUCAAAGGGAGUGAAGAAAACUUAAGAACGUUUCUCACUGCUACCUUUUCUAAGCCUCGUCGAUAUAGAACCAUAUUUUUUAUAGAUGGAUUGGACGAAUGCAAGGUCUUAGGAAUAAGGAAACUAGCACUCUUCUUCCGCGAGUUAACAACAACAGCCUACCAGGCUAAUGCCAAACUGAGUGUCUGCUUGUCUAGCAGGGAGUUUCCAAGGGUGAUCCUCUCGACAAAGCGUCUACGUCUACUCGAAUGGCACCACAUUUUCGCCUGGAUUAGAGACGAGUCGCCAUCUUCCUUGAAAGAGUGGCGAGAAUCCGACUACUUUACAGAGACUGCAUGGCAACUAGAGCGGCAGAUACAAAAAAUCUCUAGGGGGUUGGUGGAGGUUAAGUCCAAACGAAUACAGCUAGAUAUUGCCGACAAAAAUUCGACAUGCGGCGACGCUGGAUCGUUGGACAGCGAAGAAGGAGAGACGCGAACGGUCCAAGUCAUCCACAGCUCAGUGACGGAGUUUUUCCUCAGUGGCAAGGGCUUCAGAAUGCUGGGUGCAUCCGUUAGUGAAGAUAGUGAAUAUGUCCUCGGGUCCGGCCAUAUUAGCAUCCUUUUCUCCUGCCUCGACUACAUAACCAUACCCGAGUUGGAUGUUCUAGUGAAGCGACGAGAGUUGGCAAAUUACUCGAAUAAACAGCAUUCAAACCGGUCUUUAAAGCGCGCUGGUAGUGAAGCGAGUUUUGGCUCCUCGGCGUCGAAUUACGCAGGCUCAGCCCAUUCCGGUCAAUACAGCAAACCCGAAGAUACCCUCAAUUUUGUUCCGAAGCGUUAUGGGCCCUAUAUUCCUACUCUCAAGAGAGAGCGAGAAGCCCCGGAUGAAGCAGAGGGAUGGAUAUCGAACCCAUCACAACCAUACUCUGGGAGUCCACUAAUCCCUGUCGCUUCCGAUGCUAUAGAACGUCAAUAUAGCAAACCCCCGACUCCCCCAAUUUUAGUUUCACAGCGUUGUGGGCCAUCUUUGCCUAAUGUCGAAAAUGAGCGGGGAGGCUCCGAUGCAGGGGAGGGAUCGAUGUCGUUCACAUUACAACAAUACUUGAAGGAUCCAAUAUCCCCUAUCGCUUUCAGUACUAUAAAGCGAGCCUCAAGCGAUAUCGAAAGCCUUCUGCCAGACGGCAGCAUGUCGCAAGCCUUGCCAGACUCUCCUGACUUUCUUAUGUACGCACUCAGCGCCUUCACUAUGCAUGCCAAAUUUGCAGACCAAUACGGCGCUGAUCCUAGUCGGUUCGCUGUCGAUCACGGGCUAACUUCGUGGAUCAACUUUCUACUACCCUCUGGUGUCGAUCCGAACCGUGAAGGAGGCGGGCAUUGUUAUCCGCUUAUUGCUGCUGUGACUAACAGAGACACAACGGCAAUCAACCUACUUCUCAAAGCAGGCGCCCUCCCAACCAAAAGUGACAGACACGAUAGAUCGGCCUUUCACCACAUUGCAAAUGAGGGCUACAUAGAAGCCCUAGAUUGCAUCUGUAGGUAUGUGUCUGAUCAAGCUCUUGGCGAGCACUCGCUGAACACAUUGGACGUUUCCGGGCGUACGGCUCUCCAUAUCGCUGUGCAUGAGGGUCGCUUUCUCGUUGCCAGGAUGCUGUUAUCACUCGGGGCGGAUCCCAGCGUCACUGAUAGGGAUAUGAAAAGUUCUCUCCAUCUUGCAGCUGAAAGCGAGGGAGCAGGUAUUGCAUUGUGCCGCUGUCUUCUAGAGAAGGGGGCAUCGAGGAUUCUUCUUUCGAAUCAGCAUCUCACCCCAAGUCAACUUGCUCUAGCAAAGGGCUACCUAGACCGGGUGUCGCUAAUUGAGGACGAUACACUUCAAAGCAUAGAGGAGAAAAACGGCAGCUCAUUGCAGAACCUGAAAGUUCGUCUGGCCAGCGUGGGUAGUCUGGCAUAUCCGGGCCAGUGGUAUAUUCGCGUUUCGCUGGGAGAUGAUAUCAAGGCUCGAUUUCCCGCCCAAACAUGGCCACACGGCAGCCGUGCGGCACGCGAAGAAGCGCGAGUUUCAAUUCCUUCUAAGCACAGGAACCUGUUCGGCAUACACCUCGGCCUAGACCUGCGCCUGUACAGAAUUCUGCAGUCAAGACACAUCCAUGAAUACGCAAUCUGGCAGGUGAAGUACAUCAACUCUGAAACUGGAGAGACAAAAACGUCCUUGCUCAAACGACGAUUCGGGUCUGAUCCAGUGCCGAUUGCGCUGGAGGUGACUGUGCCUCGCUCGUUGAUUGAGACUUGA